CGAUGCAUGCAACGUCCAUGUGGGGUGGGGUGGGAAUUGAGGCACAUUGGUUGUGGCACACCAAGCUGGUCAGACCAUGGGGCCCUUUCUGGGGCCCUUUGCGGAUGGUCAUUGCCGCACGGUUCGUGCCGACCGCCACCCGACGGGUGCCGAGCCUCGACAUGAAAUCACAAUACACACAUGCGAGCACUGACAAGACGAUCUGAUGGGCCCCACACGGAUAGCAGCGUUGCUCUUGCUCGCAGCGGUCGCACUUGCGACUGUUGCAACGGCCGGAUGGCGUCCUCCAAAGCUAGAAACAUGUGAACUGCAUCCAGUUAUAGAAGAACUGAUGCUCAACGAGACAAAGGUCUGGGGCGAUAAAGGCAUAACGGAGGAUGUGGUGGAUAGCUUGCAUAAUCAGUGUCCGCCCACGGAGGUGCGGACGCAUGCCUGCGUCAAGUCGCAGCGUUUCCUCAUCAAGAACGGGACGGUCUACGUCACGAACCUAAUGCCCAAAAACGGGUUUGGCGCUAUCGAGCUAAUCGGCUUCCUGGUGGAGCUGUACGAAGCCAGCCAGGUGUAUCAGCUACCCGAUGUGGAGUUCUCCUACUGGCACGAUGACAACGCGCCGGCUGAGACGGUGAAGAAGGCGGACGGCACGUGGACGUGGCCGUUCGCGCCGCACGGCCUGCCGCCCAUCCUGGCGUGGGCCAAGGCGCAGAUGCACGGCGCCUUGCUGGUGCCGUACUCGGGCGCGUUCAGGUGCCCGCGUGACUCCUUUGACGCCAUCCUGACGGAGGUGCAGCGCUUCAGUGACACGCCCUGGGAGAGGAGGAGCUCGGUGAGGCCCAGGGGGGAGGGCUUAGCCUGGGUGCGGCAAGGGGUGCAGCAAGAAGUGCAGCAGGAGCUCGCGUUCGGGCGCUGGAACAUCUUCUGCGCCUGGUACUAUCGCGGCGCGCAGCGGCUGGAGGACGGCACCGCGGCGCCCUGCCCGCGCGACUACUACAACGACCUGUACUACAACCACAGCGACAAGAUCAUGACGCUGGGGCUGCUGCGCAACUACACCAACGGCACGGUGGCGCUGCCGCUGUCGCUGCACGAGCAGCACAAGUAUAAAUACCUCGUGUCCACAGAUGGCUGGGCCAUUAGCUCCAAGUUCGACAAGUACCUGCUGUUGGGGAGUCUGCUGUUCAAGGCUGAGGGCCAGACCUACGGCUGGUACUACCCCGCCAUCAAGCCCUUUGAGCACUACGUGCCCAUCAUGAAGAAACACAAGGACGACUUAUUAGACAUGCUGGAAUGGGCAAAGUCGCACGACAUGGAGGCGCAACGGAUCGCACAGAACGCACAGGGCUUCGCCAUGCGCAAUCUCAAUCGCCCCAUGCGCCUGUGCUACAUCGCGCGGCUCAUACAGGAGAUUGCAAAGAACAUGAAGUACAAGCCCGACUGCUCCAAGCGGCCUGUGUGUGUGCCGCUAGUGGAGGAGAUCAAGUUCCUGGGCAAGUACGAGGAGACCAGGCACAGAUGCAGGUAUCAGGAGGUGCUGACGCAAUACGCGCACGACGAUCCCGACGCAUUGCCGGGCGAUAGCGGGUUCGAGGAGCUGAAGAAGAAGCAUGAAGCCAUGCCACUGCACAUCAUGUUUGGGGGGCGGCGGUAGUUCUCCCCGCCUGGCCGCCCCGCCCCGCCCCUGACGUUCUAGCGACCCAGGGUAUGAGGAGGUGGUGUUGCAAUACGCGCAUGAUGACCCGGAUGCGCUGCCAGGAGGUAGCGGGUUUGAGGAGCUGAAGAAAAAGCACGAAGCCAUGCCGCUUCACAUAAGGUUUGGAUGAGGUCCUCAGGCAGUGGCUGGCAUGCGCGCCCGGUUGCGGCAACCGGCAGUACGGUGCUGAUGACGCCAUCUCACUUUGCGGACUCGAGUGGUACUGCCACGGUGCCAACAAUUAGGAGUGGCUCUGGCUUUUGGGUGCGGCCCAGUUGCCUCGAGGCUGGAUGCCUGUGCGAACCAGAUGUGAUCCGAGGUAGGUGGCACGUCGGUGAUUACUGGUAAAUGCUUCUGCAGCGGCAGAGUCGUGGCGUGGCGCUUUUGGCGUGGCCCUUUUGCUUUGGUGACAUGUGCAGGUGUCAUCUGGGAUGGCAAGGCCAGCGCGCGCUCGGAUGGCGCGGCGCCACUGGAUUGCCGCACUGAUGUGGUAUCGACGUGGGGUUCUUCAGUGUACUGUGUAGUGCUAGAGCUCGCAGUCAACCUUUGAAGGUCUAGCUACCUGUGAUGCCUUGCCACACGGCAGCAAGGAGUUGGACAGGUUCGUGAUUUUGUGGCGUGAGAGCCGCCUCACCCCGGUUAGCGCACGUGCUUGAGUGCUGUGCCGCAGUAGGGUGGAACACGGUGCAGGUCACCGACAGGACGUCGCGGCAGGGGAACCUAGGGGCACGAAACCGUGUGCUGCGAACCCGAACCCUGCGCAAAAACGAGCUGUUCCUCAUAAGAGUUAAGUCUCUCCUGUAUCCACUUGCU